CAGGUUGACCUGAAUUGAGAUGAUUCUAAAAACUAAAUGAAAAAUAUCAAAGGAAUGAUGGAACUAAAAAUGGUAAACUAAUUCCCUUGCUUAGCAGUCCUGUCAGCCAGUGUCUCAGAGAUUCCUUCUAAUUCGCCUGAUUUGACGGGGCUUUUGGGUAAGAUUGUCACACACACACCCCUAAACACGUAUACACCUAUAGAAAAUACAGCAAGUACUUUAAACAAAUACCGCACGUAUACACAUACAAAAUAAUGUUCAUACUGCGAUAGAGAGAGAGAAAGAGAGAGAGAGGGGGGGACAGAGGGAGUGACACAGAAACAGAGGGAAUAUACAUACAUACUCUAAACCGGCAACUUCUUAUCAAUUUAAUAUUUCUCUUGUCAUUCAUUGCUUCUGUUACCCACUUAAAAAGCCAAAUCAUUUCGGGUGGCGAAGAAAACGAGGCGAAAGAGACAAUCUUUAUUACAAUACGACUAUGUGGUGUCUCGCUUCGGUUUUGCUGUUUUUCACGGGGUUACCCUCUUACGGCAGCGAAAAAGCUGAGAAUGAAAACUUAUUGUGUCUUCAGUUUUUCAAUGGGACCAUUGAACACCCGCUUUACUUACAAGUCAUGGAGACUGCCAGUCAGGGUUCCGUAAUUCGACAGUUCAAUGUACCAAAAGAUGGCAAACAUAAAGUGUUUAUGAACGAGGGUGACACCGAGUAUUUGCGAUAUGAUAGUUCAACUCAGAGUCUUGUCGUCAAUGGAGAUUUAAAAACACGAAUGAGAUCUGUCCUCUCUCUGACCGGUGUAUGUAUUCAUGUUCUUCAAUCAUACAAUCAUGUUUUCAAUAUAACACUCCAAAUCUUCGUCAACGUUACAGAGGUCAAUGAUCCGCCAUUCUUCACAAAUCUGCCGAUGGUUCUGGAAGUUUCCGAGAAAACCAAAAGCGGCGAACUGAUAUAUCAAGUUGAAGGAGGUGACCUACACGAUGUUAGCAGAUCUGAAGUUAGCUAUCAAUUACUGAGGAUUUCUGCGAGAAAUACACAGGAAAAUGCCGAUGAUAUGUUUACAAUGGAUGACAGCGGUAGAGUAUUUCUCGAGCGCCCUUUGGAUUUCGAUCACGGCAUAAGAUUUUUUGACUUAGAUAUUGAAAUAACAGAUUCUGAUCGAAACCCUUUAAAAAACGUCUCGAAAUUAACGAUACAAGUUGUGGACGAAGACGAUCAAUCGCCAAAAUUUUUACACAAACAAUACAAACUGAUUUUAAUCGGAGAGAAACCAGUCGUGAAAGAUGAAUGCGUUGACGUAACACCAAAAAUGAAGGCGGAAGAUAAGGAUCCAGUGAAGAAAUCUCCGAUUAAAUAUGUAAUUACUGACGGAUCUCCACCAAACUGGAAGACUUAUUUCCGAAUGCAAGAAGAUAACGGAACCCUCUGCCUUCUGAGAACCAUUGAGAGAAUUUCUAGAAGUCGUGGAGAUUCGUCAAUGAAACCCUACUUUCCGUCUUUUGAUUUGACAGUGAGAGCCUACCAGACAGACAAUCCUCAGCGAAAGGACACGGCUAAGCUCAACAUUCAGGUGACUGACCAGAACUUACAUGCACCGUCGUUCAGCAAAAAGCUCUACCGAGGAGAAAUCAAUGAGUUUCCCAGUUUGAAAACAAACGAUAUUAUCCUCAACGUUACUGCCAUCGAUGACGACUACGGAAGAAAUAAAAUGUUUCAUUACGAAAUAGUAAAAAAUUUCAAAGAUGGAUUCAGAAUUGAUAAGAAUACUGGAAUUGUGUAUGUGUCUAGGCCAUAUGUGGUUGAUAGAGAACUUAAAAGUGAGAUACAGCUUGAGGUGCGUGCUGUUGAAACUAAAAGUGAAGAGAGGAAAUUAAGCAACCCUAAUGCAAGGAUCCUUCUCGAAGUAAAAGAUAUUAAUGAUAAUGCGCCGAAGUUCAGAAAGCAAUUCUACAAAUAUGAAAUAAAGGACAACAUUCCAUUCAAUGAACCUGUACAUUCGCUCACAGAAAGCAUUGAUGCAUUUGAUCCUGAUUUAGCAGAGAACGGUACCGUUGCUUACACAAUUAUUGAAGUCACCAGAAAAGGUGGAGGAACCUCCUUCAAUGACAUAAGCCGUUUCAAAAUGGAUGAAAGCGGAAAUCUUAGAGUGGGUCAAAGUCUAAGAGAUUUACGGCGAAAAGGUAUUUUUCCAGAGUAUCGAAUCCUUAUUAAAGCAGAAGACCAAACAGAAGAUAUCAGUUUGCGACGGUCAGCUAAGGCUGAAGUAUCCGUUAACGUUCUCGAAGCCAACGACUAUUCUCCUCAGUUCGAAACGCCACAUGUAUCGGUAUCGAUAAGUGAGGCAACAGCUAUAGGAUCGAGAGUGACGAAACUACAAGCGACGGACAAAGACGGAGAUGAGGAUCUUUAUCUAACUUACACUAUUAUUGGUGGGAAUGAAGAUAACACAUUUCGCAUCUCUAAAAGUGGCUAUUUAUCUUCUGCUAAAGCCUUGGACAGGGAAAUGAAAGACAAAUAUAAAUUGAUUGUUCAAGUUUCUGAUGGUGUUCACAAAGUUGAAUCAACCGUUACCAUCACCAUCGACGACGUAAACGAUCAUGCACCUGAAUUCAGCAAGUCCAACUACGAAUUCAAUUUGAUGGAGAAUGUCACGAUUGGACAAAUUGUUGGCCAAGUUACUGCUCUGGACAAAGAUGAUGGUAUCAAUGGGAAGUUAUCGUACAGUCUUUCUGGCAAAGGCAGUCAAUAUUUCAGUAUAAAACUGAAUGGAGAAAUCUUUGUGAAAAGUUUGAGUACAUUUCUUGAUAAAGAACAAAACGAUAAUAUAAUUCUACAAGUUAAAGCAACAGAUGCAGGAAUUCCUCCAAGUCAUGAUGUUGCGAGUAUAAAUAUUGAAAUACUUGAUGUGAAUGACAAUGCACCCGUAUUUAGCCGCCAGAAAUAUCAGGGAUACAUCGAAGAGACCUCGCCAUCCUCAAGCAAGAAUACAUUUGUGAAAAUGGAGCAGAAAAUAGAAGCGAAAGAUGCUGACAAAACAAGGAAGAACCAAAAUAUCAGAUACAGUUUGUCAGGUCCUGGAAGCUUCAAAUUCUCGAUUCAUCCUGUUGCAGGGACAGUGAGAGUAAAGAAAUCGUCUACGAUCGACUGUGAAACCAAAUGUGAAUACCGAUUAGUGGUAAUAGCCCAUGACCAACUAGGGAGAGGCCUUAGGGGACAAUCUACAUUGCUAAUUUCUGUUAACGACAUUAACGAUAACGUUCCUUACUUUGAAGAGACCCCUGUUCUCAACAUUGAACCCUGGACUAGAGUAGGUACCAAACUGAAGACUCUAAAAGCCAUUGACAAGGAUGUUACUGCUAAAAACAAUAAAGUUAUAUACCUUUUAAAAUCUGGUGGUGUUGGCAAAUUUCAAGUGGAUUUUGAAACUGGUGAACUUACAACUGUUGAUAUAAUUACACGUGAGCCACAACAGGAAACAUAUACACUCGAUUUACAGAUAAUUGAUUCAGGGGAACCCCGUCUUUCUUCUAAAGGUCAAGUUAUUAUCCACACGUCGGUGAAUAAACCACCAGCUGUCAUGAAGAGACAUUACUUUAAAGUACAAGAAAAUGUUACACCAGGUUUCACUGUAGGCAAAAUUAAUGCUUCUGAUCCUAAUAAUAACAGAAGUAUGAAGGAGAAACUGAAAUUUUCAAUCUCCGACGCUGACAAUUUACCCUUUACUAUCGACGAAAAUACGGGAAUGGUGGCUACUAAAACAUUGCUCGACGCGGAGACAACCUUAAGCUAUACAUUUCAGAUAUUGGUAGCAGAUAGUGGAUAUCCUUCAAAUACCGUUUCGUCAACUGUAAGCGUUGAUAUUAUCGAUGUUAAUGAUAAUCCACCAAAAUUCUCUCAGCAGUUAUAUUUUGCAAGUCUCGUUGAAGAUAAUUCUGAGCCAAUUCAAGACCAACAAGUAAAGUUUGAGACCCCAAUGGUUAUAUCUGACUCGGAUCAUAAUGUUGCCUUCCAAGCUGUAAAAUUCCAGCUGAGCGGAAAUAACAGUGAAUUAUUUGACAUUAAUUCUGUCUCUGGAGAAAUCACAGUAAACACACCUGGUUCUAUUGACUGUGAAACACGUCCUCAUUUCAAUUUAACAAUUAUUUCAUAUAAUGUGGUGGAACCUCAGCUUAAAACCCAAGCGUCUUUAAUUAUUAACGUGACAGAUGUUAAUGAUAACGCUCCCGUGUUCAAGGGACGGAUGGAAUUCUACUCACAUCCUUCUGCACCUGUUAAUUCAACGCUGGGGAAAGUUGCUGCAAAAGAUAAUGAUUAUUCGUCAAUUAAUAAUCAAAUCGACUACUUUUUACUGAACGGAAGUUUUGAUAAGUUUACCGUCGAUAAAAAGUCAGGAGAGAUUCUAAUAUCAGACGAACUCUCCAGAGAACCGCUUCGUGAAGAAUACUCGUUGAAUAUUUUGGCUGAAGAUUCUGGAAAUCCUAAGAAAAGCAGCCAAGUUCAAGUAAAAAUCAAAGUCCCUUUGAACAAGCCACCAUCCCUUCCAAAGAGACAUCAAUUUGAAGUGGCCGAAAAUGUGAGAAUUGGCACCAUUAUUGGAUCCAUCGAGGCUGAAGACGAAGAAAUAGAGACUGGAAGUGAUUUUGGUAAUAACUUAGAAUAUCGUCUGACCAGUGAAACAGGACCUUUUGUUAUUGACAAGAUGAAAGGCGAUUUGAAAACGCAGCAGAUGCUUGAUGCCGAAACGGUCAAUGAAUACAAGUUUUUAGUAAGCGUAAUAGACCGCGGAAUCCCUCGAUACACAGUUACAACUUCUGUUCAUGUUAUUGUUAAAGAUAUCAAUGAUAAUCCUCCACAAUUCAGCUCUCCAUUUGGGUAUAAAUCAUAUAUUCUUGAAGGAUUUGAAGGCGUUUUACCAAUUCAACCUGAACUUACUACAUCAGAUGCUGAUAUAAUGGAAGAAACCAAAUAGUAACAUAUAGCCUAGAAGGAAGUGAAAGCGAGGGCUUUGUGAUCGAUUCUAGAACAGGUGAUGUCUCUGUUAAACCUGGACAUCAUCUUGAUUGUGAAUAUCGUAGUAGCUACUUACUAAACAUUACAGCUAAAAAUAAAAGGCAAAUGGCAACUAGCAGUUUGGAAAUAACAGUUCAAGACUUAAAUGAUCAUACACCAGAGUUUCUCGAUGAAUACGAAUUCCAUGUUGACCCCAAAACAUCAGUUGGCAAAGUUAUAG